ACGAGAGCUGCCUGUGAAUUCCGCACUUGCACAUCGAAGAGGAUAGAGCGAGGCGGAAAGCGACGCGUGUGAAGAUGCCAUCUCUUCUACAGUCAUCUCUAUGACACUGCUGUUGACACCUCUCUCACCACUCCUCUCUCGCCGGCUUUCUCCCAUCCCCUCCAUCUAUCCGCCACUCACGCCGACAUCGCCAGUAUGAUCCUUCGAUUCCAGAGCCGCGAAGGCACAUUCCGCCUCGAAGUGCAGAGCACCACCGACAUCUCCACCGUCCUCCCCGACAUCCUCGAGAAGCUCCCGAAAGAUGUAGUCCCAUCCACCGUCACCAUCAGUCCGAAACCGCAGAGCACCGAGUCACGGGCGAUCCAGUCGCUUCGCGGCGUCACCUUUGCCCGACUGGGCCUCACCCACGGCUCGCAAAUCUUCCUCGACUACAAGCAAGAACAGCCCACCGCCAACGGCCACUCUGUACCAGCGAACCGACUGAGUGGGAAAGAUGUUGCUCCCGAAGAAGACAUCUCCAGCAUAGCCAUCCCUUCGGCACAGGCUCAGCAGCUCGUCAAGAAUCCAUGGGAAAAGGUCAAACAGUCGGAGCUGGACGAUCGGUUAGACAAGCAGGAUGGCAAGACUCACAGGAAACGAGACGAGAAGCUGUGCAAACACGGACAGAUGGGCAUGUGCGACUACUGCAUGCCGCUCGAGCCCUACAACAAGGAAUACCUGAGCGAGAGGAAGAUCAAGCACUUGUCAUACCACUCCUAUCUCCGGAAACUGAACCAGGGCAAGAACAAGUACGAGUCGGGAAGCUCGUACAUGCCUCCCUUGGCCGAACCCUACUACCGCGUCAGACCUGACUGUCCUUCCGGUCACCCACCCUUCCCCAAAGGCAUUUGCACCAAGUGCCAGCCCUCCGCAAUCACCCUCCAGCCGCAGGAGUUCCGCAUGGUGGACCAUGUGGAGUUUGCCGAUCCGCAGAUUGUGGAUUCCUUCCUGAACUUCUGGAGGCGUUCCGGUGGCGCUCAGCGAAUUGGCUUCUUGUAUGGCCACUACGAACAAUACGAAGAGGUCCCACUGGGCACCAAAGCGGUCGUGGAAGCCAUAUACGAGCCGCCACAACUAGACGAGAUCGACGGUGUCACAUUAGGCGAGUGGGAGAAUGAAAACUCCAUCGAUGAGCUAGCAUCGUUGUGUGGACUGCAAAGAGUGGGCGUGAUCUUCACCGAUCUCUUGCGCCCCGAAGAUGACAGCCAAGGGAAUGCGGUAUGCAAGAGACACAUCGACUCCUUCCUCCUAUCCUCUUUGGAGAUCAUGUUCGCCUCGCGAUACCAAGCAAAAUACCCCCGACCCAGCAAGUGGAGCGAGACGGGACAGUUCGGCAGCAACUUUGUCACGUGCGUGGUCAGCGGAGAUGCAGACGGCAACAUCGGCAUAUCCGCAUAUCAAGCAACGAACGCUGCCGUGGAGAUGGUCCGCGCCGACAUCGUCGAAGCCUCCGCCGAGCCGAGUGUGAUGCUUGUGCAGGAUGAGGACGAAGAAAACGAGCUGGGUCGCGUGCGAUACAUUCCCGAAGUCUUCUACCGCCGCAUCAACGAAUACGGCGCGAACGUGCAAGAGAACGCGAAGCCCAGCUUCCCCGUGGAAUACUUGCUCGUGACGCUCACUCACGGCUUCCCCAACGAGGCAGUACCGCAAUUUGUGAAGAACGCUUUCGCGAUAGAGAACAGAGAAGCAAUCGGCGAGGCACAAGAACCACGAGAUCUCCAGACGCAGCUGCGAGCGGGCAGCAACCGAGUGGCGCUGGACACCGCGCAGGGCGUGCUCGCCGUCUCCGACUUUCACCUGCUAUGCUUCAUUCGCGGACUCGGUGUGCUGAGCAAGGACGAAGAACAACUCCUCUGCCACAUCGCCGUAAGCCACGACGCCGCCAUGGGCGCGACGCUCAUGCACACCCCAGGUUGGGCCACUCUCGAGACCAUCCUGCAGAUGUAACCUUGUCUUCCAUCUUUUCCCUUCUCUCCUCCGCGAAAAGGAACGCGAGAAGGGAGAGGGGGAGGGGAAAGGGGUUGCACUUCUGCCUCAAGGAACGCUGAUCUUCUGACUUGUGCUUUUCUUCGCUUCUAGGCUGGCUGUCGCUGCUUGCGAUUCUGGAUGAACUCCGCGCUCGCCCGGUUAAGAGGGGCAGUGACUGGGCUGUUACGAAGGCGUUGAAGAAGGUGGAUUUGGGCAAGCGAUGAGAGAUGAAGGAGGAUGGGGUGUGAUUGCUACAUGGCUACCCGUUGUGAAAUGGGUGGGAGCGUUGCUGAAGUGCUUGCUAUGAGGAGCUGAGAUGGGCAUCAUGGGUCGUGAGGAGCGAAGGAGAGCAGUGAUAGACUCCUAGCUCCGUGGCCCUCUCGCAGCAUCAGAUGAUAGACGUACUUAAUCUGCACCACUCCGUUUCCACGGCUGGC